AUUGAAGCUGAAAACCAUUGUACAAGUCAAAUGCGAUCACUGAUUGACCAGAUUAGCUUGCAGCAAGGACGAAUUGUGGCCUUAGAAGUGAUCAGGAUAUGGAAACCCUGUUAAUUGAUUGUGGAGAUGAAUUUCCUCUGGUGACGUUUGCAAUCCAGAAUAUUCAAGCUCAUGAGUUGAUUUGUGGCCUAUGGCUCAUCUAUGAACAUUAUCUGAAUGUUCUGGAAUGUACACCCAAUCUCUGUUGCCAUUUUCUAGCUAGUAGUUUGUUUGCAAUUCCUGCACUCGUUGGUAAAGCAGUAUUACCCAACAAUUACUCUGCUGUACGGGGAAUAGGGUGGGGAGGACGAUGAGGAUUGAAAAUAGUCAACAACACAGUGGACCAAAUCAUAGGUUGAUUUACUGGGCUUUGAGUUGAUGUUAAUCCAUUUAAACCAAAGCUAGUCUUUCAAAGUCAGAGAGAGGAGGUUCAGGAUGGAGUCCAAUUCAAUCUGUUGUCUUCCUUGCAGAAAAUUUGGACACUGGUUCAAAAGGUUGACAAGAUAGGCCACUGCCAAGAGAUGGAGAAGUAUCAAAUUUUUUAGAGCAGGAUGGAGAUUUGGUGGAACUUUCACUUGAUAGGAACAUUGUGUGCAUGAUAGUCCUUCUGUGGGGAGGUUGAACAAGUUUCAAAGCUAGAUGAAUUCGUACGGUUCCAGAAUCUUGGUGAAUAUAGGAUGGGAACCAGUAAUAUUUGUCAAGAGCACAUAUGAAUUAUUAGAUAUGAGUGUAAUAGAGACUGUAAUGUUGUCAGUAUUCGGUAAAAGUUAGGAGCAGUUAUUUAUUAUCAAAUAAAUGUGUAGUAUGUAAAGUAAGGAGUAGUGAGUGGUGUAGUUCUGUAGGUUUGGACUUUUGACCGAGAAUAAUUGUAGGAGUCACGGGACUUUGGUAAAAUGAUCCUUUUUCUGUAUUGUGUGAAUUCUAUGAUUCAGUUGCAAAAGCCACUUAUUGGUGUUCUAUCAAAUUUUAUGAAUGAAGAAUGAGGAUGUGGACUAAGGAUGACCAGGCUGCUCUACAUACAAAAUAAGGGCUUUUAUUUUAUCAGAAGUUGUAUGCUCAUAAAUGGCUGGCCAAGGUUACAUUACAACCAAAACAUUAAUAUGAUGAUGAAAAUAACAAGUCUAUAUACAUGCAACAACAACCAGGUUUUGAAUGUGUUGAUAAAUCUUUGGUGUGUAAACUCAAGAAAGUUCUUUAUGGCCUCUAACAGGGUCCUAGACACUGGUUCAAAAGACUACAAUCAGCAUUGUUCCGUUUUGGUUUCAAGUCAAGCAAUUGAGAUCAUUCAAAUUUUAUCUACAAAACCAAAAAAUAAGAGAGGAAACGUAGAGACCAAGAAUGUGGACAAAUGAAGUCUCUUGUACAAGAUCUGGAAAGAAAAGACCUACAGAGGCUGACUGACAAAAUGCAGGUUCCGGUGGCUGCUGUUGUGAUCAUUGCAUGUAAUCGUGCUGAUUACCUGGAGAGGACUAUUAAUUCUGUGUUAAAACACCAAAGGCCCAUUUCUUCAAGAUUUCCUUUAUUUGUAUCUCAGGAUGGAUCAAAUCCAGAUGUUAAAAGUACGGCUUUGAGCUAUGAUCAGUUAUCUUAUAUGCAGCACUUGGAUUUUGAACCAGUUCAAACUGAACGACCAGGAGAAUUAAUUGCUUACUACAAAAUUGCACGUCAUUACAAGUGGGCUUUAGAUCAGCUGUUCUACAAGCAUAACUUCAGCCGAGUAAUCAUCCUUGAAGAUGACAUGGAUAUAGCACCUGAUUUCUUUGAUUAUUUUGAAGCUGCAGCAACUCUCCUUGACAAGGAUAAGUCCAUUAUGGCUGUUUCCUCGUGGAAUGAUAAUGGACAAAAGCAAUUUGUACAUGAUCCAUAUGAACUGUACCGAUCAGAUUUCUUUCCUGGGUUAGGAUGGAUGCUGGCCAGAUCUAUAUGGGAUGAGUUAUCACCAAAAUGGCCUAGGGCUUACUGGGAUGAUUGGUUGAGACUAAAAGAAAAUCACAAAGGGCGCCAGUUUAUCCGACCUGAAGUGUGCAGAACAUAUAAUUUUGGUGAGCAUGGUUCUAGUUUGGGACAGUUUUUUAAGCAAUAUCUGGAGCCAAUCAAGCUGAAUGAUGUCAAGGUUAACUGGAGAUCAAUGGAUCUGAGCUAUUUACUGGAGGAUAAGUAUUCCAUGCAUUUUGCCAAUACUGUUAAGAAAGCUACACCUGUCUAUGGAGCUGGCGUGGUUCUAAAAGCAUAUAAUAUAGAUGGUGAUGUGCGUAUCAAGUAUAGAGAUCAGUCAGACUUUGAAAACAUUGCUCGCCAAUUUGGUAUAUUUCAAGAGUGGAAGGAUGGAGUACCGAGGACUGCCUAUAAAGGAGUAGUCGUUUUCAGACAUCAAACCUCAAGACGUAUAUUCCUUAUUGGUCCAGAGUCUUUGAAGCUCCUUCAGAUCGAAGAGUCUUAAUGCUGGAUAAGGAAGAAAAAUAUUGACAAUGUAAGAGAGUAAUUGUCUUCAGAUAUCAACGGAAGUGUUGCGGAGUUAUUGUGGCAUAGGAAGAAGUUAUGGUCUAUUGGCUGAUGCAUACUGGAACAAAAUUAGUGGCCAUAGCAGGUAUCUUGUAGAGAUAGAUUUUGUCUUAUGAUGGCUUGAGGUCAUGGCCAUGCUAACCUCGUGUAUCCCUAAUCUCCAUUCAUGUGACAGCAAAACAGGAUGGUGAAUUUUUAUGUCAAAGUCGACAUUGAUCAA